GUUUGGAGCGGGUACUGUGAAAUGCCUAACCAUGAUGUUGCCCGGAUAAUCAGCGGAGGACGUUAGCAAACAGAGACCUACAACAACCUGAAGGCUAAGUGGACAGCCACACCUCAUGCGUGGCCUCAGUGAGGGUCCAAGUGGAUACGGGUCUGACAAAAAUGGGUGUGCUCCAGCUCUACAACCCCACUCACCCCAGCACGCUUCUGCAGCGGGCCAAUCAGAUGCGUCUGGCGGGCACGCUGUGUGAUGUCAUCAUCACGGUGGACGGCCAGGAGUUUCCAGCGCAUCGCACCGUCCUGGCCUGCACCAGCAAGAUGUUUGAGAUCUUGUUCCACCGCAGCAGCCUGCGCUACGCCCUGGACUUCCUGUCCCCUAAGACCUUCCAGCAGAUUCUGGAAUAUGCCUACACCGCCUCGCUCCAGGCCACCGCCGAGGACCUGGACGACCUGCUGUACGCCGCCGAGAUCCUGGAGAUAGAGUACCUGGAGGAGCAGUGCCUGAAGGUGCUGGAGACCAUCCAGUCAGAAGAGAGCGAGGACGCGGCGGUGAGGAACCACAGCUCCGGAGACCACAGUGAGCACAGCCGGGCCCGGCACUGGAGGCACAUGUUGAUGUCCAAGAAGCAUUCCAUACAGGACGGCACCAACUGCACCGCCCCCACUGCUCUCCAUCAACUUGCACUGUACCACAUGGCGGAGAGGAGUUCUCCCGGCCCGGAGCCCGAUGGGGCUCCCAUGUCGAGCCCCAGGCGGGACAAAGAGAUCGACACGGGAAACGUUAGUCCUCUGCACCCCCGGCGCCACAGCCCGGCCAGAGAGCAGGCCCAGGCCUCGUCCCUGGAUCCUGCAGGUAGCAUAAAGUCAGAGAGCAUGCAGGUGGACAGCGCCAAUGGCUGCGAGGGCCGGUCGUCCAGCGCAGGGGAGGGGAUCUGCAUGUCAGACCAGCCCAGAGACGAAGGCCCCGGGACGCCCCUCCGAGGCAGUGUCAUCACCAGCGCCCGAGAGCUGCACUCAGGCCAGGAAGAGGCGGGACAAAUGGGGAACUCUCUUGACAGCUUCCCGGGGAUGGCCGAGAAGCCCCUGGCCUCCCUGUACUCUGUGCCCUCCAACCACACAGGAGAGGGGAUGAUGCCCGUGUCCGUUUCCGUGGCCCCGACCAUGGGCGUGCCACUGGACCCGAGGGCCUACAGCGGCCUGCUGCACCAAGGCUUGCUGCACAGGGAGCUCCUGAGCCGGCUGGGCCAGUUUGCCGCAGGAAUGAGGCGUGAGGGCCAGGCUCAAGGCCAGCAGUGUUGUGGCGAAUGUGGUCUUCAGCUGCACAACAGGCAGGCCAUGGAGCAGCACAGGAGGCUGCACAAUGGGGAGAAGGGCCAUGGCUGUGAAUACUGUGGCAAGCACUUCCAGGACAGCGUACGGCUAAGGAUGCACAUGCUGUCUCACACAGCUCCUGCAGAGGCGCUGGUGUGUGAUCAGUGUGGAGCCACGUUCUCCUCAGAGGAUGCUCUGGAAGCGCACAGGCAAACACACACAGGGACUGACAUGGCGGUGUUCUGUCUGCUGUGUGCAAAGCGCUUCCAGACCCAGAAGGCCCUGCAGCAGCACAUGGAGGUCCAUGCAGGCAUGCACAGCUACAUCUGCAGCCACUGUGAGCGCCCCUUCCCUAGCCACACCACACUCAAAAGACACUUGCGCUCGCACACGGGUGACCACCCUUUUGAGUGCGAGUUCUGCGGGAGCUGUUUCAGAGACGACGGCACGCUGAGGGGCCACAAACGCAUCCACACGGGAGAGAAGCCCUACGAGUGCAACGGCUGCGGGAAGAGAUUCAGCCUCAAACACCAGCUCGAGACACACUACCGUGUACACACAGGUGAGAAGCCAUUUGAGUGUAAGCUGUGUCACCAGCGGUCCAGAGACUACUCGGCGAUGAUCAAGCACCUGCGCACUCACAACGGAGCGUCUCCGUACCAGUGCACCAUAUGCCAGGACUUCUGCCCCAGCCUGGCCGCCAUGCAGAAGCACAUGAAGGGCCACAAACCGGAGGACGUGCCCCCAGACUGGAGGAUAGAAAAGACUUACCUUUACGUGUGUUAUGUCUGAGCAGGACUUAGACCCGUACACACACUCUGACACGCACCUAGAGUCAAACACACACACACGCACACACGCACACACACACACAGCGAACGCACAAACACAAGCACACGUAAACACACUGUUGCUGUCGGGUGGAAACCACGACACUCUGUGUUUUAAUUGAAGGAUCUUUGCGUGUUGAGAAAAUGCCAUGACCCUCGAUCGUAAACUCCACUGGAUAAACUGGAAAAUGUGUCAUCAUCAAGCUAAAAACAACAACAAAAAAAAAUGUCUUUUCAUAGUUGAAAAAUUGACAUCCUGGAGAUACAGUACCAACAACAGCUAAGGCUGAACGAUAUAGAAAAAAAAAGUCAUUUUGCAGUUGUUUUGACAGAAGCUGCGAUUGCGAUAUGAGUCACAAUUUUAGUGGGAAUGGCUUUUUUUUGCAUCAUAAUUUCCAUUUUCUCUAAAAAAAAAUUUAAAAAUGUUGAUGAUGUGAUUUUUGCAGCGGCCCAUACCAAACCUGAGAAUAUGUUUUGCGGGCCGGGGCAUGUCUGUGGCACCACAAUAAUUCAUUUAGAAAGUAAUUUUGUCACACGUUUGGCGUCCAUACUGCAUUACUUCAGUAAUAUUUCAAUGAAUUGCUCAGCCCUAGCAACAGCAACGUGCAAGCAUGCAUACACACAUUAUCUCCCUCCCUCUCUCUCUCUCUCUCUCUCUCUCUCUCUCUAGCACACACACACACACAGACACACACACAUACUCGCAGUGUUUUUUUUUUGUUUUUUUUUUAUAUUAACUCCAUGUUUAAUGGAUCCACUGUGGUUACGCUCACAGUGGCUGCAGCUGCUGACCUUGUCCGAGCGUCAGGAGCUUUUUCGGAGCGGCUGCCGACCUAUCAGACAACCUGAGUCAUCGUCUACGAUUGUGCAGAGCAGACGCUGAAAAUAAUUCCACCAAGGCUUGAUUGGUUGAACUUAGCAACAUUUCCUCUCCUAAUUUCCUGUGACUUAUCAGAGUUCUCCGCCGUUGGGUUUAUUUUGGAGUUGUUUAUUUUCUGCAUGUUUUACUUGAACGGCUGCCAUGUUUUGACCUCAUAAGCUUGAUCUCUUUAAUUGCCUUGUCUUUCUUGCAGUGGGUGUUAUUAUUAUUUUGAGGUAGCUGGCUCACACGAUUUGCGUUUGUCUUGCAAUAUAAUAGGUUUUGCUAUUUAUAUGUUGUUGAUUUUUUUUUUUUUUUUACCAAAUAUGUGUUGAUUUUCAUCACCCAGCCUGUAUCUCUUGAGCUGCCUGCUAGUAGAGCAAGCUCUACCUCCAGACUAUAUAUAUAUUUUUUUGUUUGACCUACUGCAAAUUCUCAUCAGUCACUCAUCAGUAGUUUUAAUUUUCUAACACAUACCUACGUAAACCUAAUUUAAAUGGUUAAAUAGUGUGUAAAAAAAAAAAAAUACUAAAAGCCACAGCAUGGCUUUUACGUGUAUAUUUUUUUUUUAUCAUCGAGUAUAGGUAGAUGUCUUAUAAAUCACAGAAUCAGAAUUUUCUAGCAGAAAAUUGAAGCAAAAGUGAAAAACGAGUUUUUUUUGUUUGUUUGUUUUUUUACAAAACAUGAGAAGAAAAUUCUGACAUUGAAUCACUAUAAGCAGGUUAUUGUCAGUUGUAGUGUAGCUGUAAUGUACAAACUGUCAUGGUAUGUUGUUCCUUUAUGUGAGCCUAACACAGGCCUUAUAGAUUGAAACAUGUUGUAUUUUUGUAUUACAGUAAUUUGCUAUCUGUUUACAUUUGGUAUGAUUUGAGAAACAUCUUACUGUGUGUGUUUUAUAAGUCUCUGAUUUGAUUAAGAUCCCUCCCUUGUGCCUCUUUUAUAAAUAGAGCAUUGAUGUGCUUGAGUACAUGGGUUUGUGCUGUUGGUAGUUGUUUCUGGGUGUUUGUUUAUUGUUACUUAAUUAAAGAUAGACUGCCAUGUAGAUCCACUUGUCUGAACAUUGCAAACUGGAAGCAACAUACUGUGAUAGUGACUGAUACUCUGAUGCAAGUUCCAAGCAAUUUUGAUGUAAAAGUUACACGCUUCUCUCAAAUUGUUCCCUUCAAAGUGACAAUGGACGGCGAUCUCUGGAUGAAAACAGUGUGUAUAGCAAAUCUUGGCGCCCGCGGGCAUUACUAAUGCCUUCUGAAGUAGCCAACAACACUCAGUGCCAUGACAAAAAACACACAUUCACUGUAUUCUACAUGAACAUGCACUAUAAAUGGAUUUCCUCGGUGGACCAAAAGAAAUAGAGCACUUUUGUUUGAAAAGGGUUUUUUUCUUUGAUCUUUCUAUGUUGUGAUAAUGCAGAUGUCCUUUUAUUUGGUGUAUUCUAGAAGGAUGUGAUUAGCAUUGUUUAGAUUAUGUCAAUGUCUGUCUACCUCAGGACCAGAUCAAAGCUCGACCUGGCAUCCAAUCAGGGUUGUUCUUCUUGCCAUGUGUGCAGUAAAAUCCCUCUUCAUUACAGCUUUGUAACACCGUGUGUGGAAGUGUUUUCUCAGUGUGGAUUCAGGCACAACUCUGUACGCGUCAGUGUUCUGUGGCAUGGUGAAAAAAGAAUAAAACAAUUUACUAUUUUA